AUGCGAUUCUUGGGCCUCGUUUUACCUGUCCUCAACCUCUGUCUCGCAGCCCGCCAAAGCCCCCUACCGCCUCUCCAUGUUGAACCCUCGGGAGAGCGAACAUGGACUGCAGUUAGUCAUGGUCAACGACCGCGGCAACAUAUCCUGAACCCUCCUGCGUUGGUCUCUGUGGAAGAACACGACAUCAACUUUCCGCAUCGCCCGUUCCAGCCUGCCUCUGGCUUUAUUGCCCUUGGCGACUCCUACUCAGCGGGUAUAGGCACCGGGCUCAACGGAACAGAAAACAACUGCCGUCAAGGUCUGCAUGCUUAUCCGGUUCUAGUCCAUAGAGAUCUCAACCGCGCUCGUGGCCAUCAUGACAAUGCAACGGAGAUGCAGUUUCUUUCCUGUACGGGCUCUACAAUUGGUGACAUGCUCGCGGGGUCCGACCAUAGCCAGAUCGAUGGCCUAAAUGCUACGACAGAUGCAGACUUUGCGCUUCUGUCCAUUGGUGGUAAUGAUCUUGGCUUCUUCAACAUCAUGAAUAGCUGCAUCUUUCGCUUUUAUAGCUUUUACUCAGGAACCUGCGAAGAUGCCUUACGCAAUUCUGAAGAAGCCCUUAACGGUCCCGAGUUUGAACAUGACCUUCGUUUGGCCAUUAUGGAAAUCCUCGACCGUGUACAGUGGGAGAAGAGGCCCUGGUUUACCAUUACGGUCUCAGGGUACGCUCGCUUCUUCAACGAGGAUACCGAGGACUGCGACGAACGGUCCUUUGGAGUGUGGUGGCGCGGGCCCAAAUUGAAACGCAAACUUCGCCGCAGGAUGAACAAGAUGGUCCUUUCAGUAAACGACAAGAUUAGACGCUCAAUUUCUGCUAUAAACGCCGACUUUAUAGAACCCAGGGUCAUGUUUGUGGACUACGACGAUGCUUUCGAAGGCCAUCGUUUCUGCGAACGCAACGCUACUGAACCAGAUUAUUCCAGAAACGAAACAUGGUUUUUCCUUGUCGGAGGCAAAGACAACCACCAUGGCUUCCAAAGUCAGCUGACAGGGUCCGACCAUAGCGAACUACUUCCCCGGAGCUCACCACUGAUAAAUCCAGAUACGUGUUUGGAUCCUGCUGAGAAAUCAGGCGAUUGGGGUGAUGACCCGAUCAACAAAGUCGUUUUGAAGAAGGAAAGCAAAUCAGGCACCAUAAAGCUGAAGAAGCCGCCCCCGAAGCACAACAAGCCAGGAAACUGGAGGGAUGGUAGUGUUGUCGAAGAUGAGAAAAAGAAAGCUGUGAGCUCCCCCUCGACCUCGGUGGCUUCUCCUGGCCCAGUCGUGAACCAACUAGACGACACCGCUCGAGAGACCUUUGCGACAGGACGGCCUCUGGAGGAUAGCCCAGAUCUCCAGCAAUGCAAGCACUGCAAGAAAAGUAUUUUAAAGACUGCAGCCAAGGCCCAUAUUGCGCAAUGCCUGAAGCUGAAAAAGGAGAAGGCGCAGAGGAAGAAGGAAGCGCGAGAAGCGCGAGAGAGGGCUAAGGAGGCAGCCAGGGAGGAAGAAGCUAGAAAGGCUGAUGAAGAAAAUGGAGAAGAUGAUAGUGACGACGACGAUAAAAAAGGAAAUGUGGCGGGUAAGAAAGCAGGCAAGAAGCCCGAGGAUGACAAGAAGGGCAGCAAAAAAAGGAAAGCCGACGGCGAGCCAGAUAAAGGACCGAAGGCGAAAAAGAAGAAGGACGAGCCUAAAGCCAAGGUUCCAAAGCCUAAAGGACCGGUUGAUGUUGAAAGGCAGUGUGGUGUCAUACUGCCCAACGGGCAACCAUGCGCUCGAUCGCUUACAUGCAAGAGCCACUCUAUGGGGGCAAAACGUGCUGUUGCAGGCCGUUCUCUUCCGUACGAUAUGCUUUUGGCAGCAUACCAGAAGAAAAAUCAAGCAAAACAACAAAAGGCUGCUCUUGAUGCGAACGCCCCCGUUGAGGACGAGGAUGACGCGAACAACGGUCCUGUUGACUCUGACGAGGAAACCGGAGCCGUAAUGAGCGCCUUGUCCCACUGGCAUCCCCAACCGCUUAUUCCACAACCUGUUUUCACUCCAAUCAAACGACAAUAUCAGCUCUCUAGACUUCAUGAACAACUACAACUAGCAACGAAUGGAGGUCGUACCAACAUUUUUCAUGUGGUAGGAUACGGCGCUCAAAAACUCCCGGAAGGACACCCCGGACUUGUUGAAGGGGAAGAUGCACCAGGCGAGCCAGACAUUGGUGCCUUGGGCUUUCCUGCUUCUGCCAGAUCAUCGAAUUUUGGUGCCGCAACCGUGUCACAGAGACGGCCAUCAGUAACAAGCCGCGGUUGA